UUAAACGUGGUAGUAAUCCAUGGGGGACAAAUAGUGCGUCUGAGCUGCAUGUCUACCUCCGAAUGAGACGCAAGGAGCUACACUGCAGGGUUGUGGACCAUGUGAUGUGGCAGAGGGUUUGCAAUGGAGGGGACAAUGCUGACGGCAGAUCAGGAGAAGCCACAGAAGCGGGUGAGGUUCCGCGUGGCUUCGGGGAACAGCGGCCGGGUGCUGAAGGAGAUGUUCAAGGACGAGGGGCCUUCAGACUCCCUGGAUUCAGACUGCACCAGCAGCUCUGAUGCAGAACGGGCCAGCACCCCUUCUACGAGUGGAGACGUGCAGGGACACCUGUAUGGAUACCUGGGCUCUGAGCUGGAUGACAGCGAGUGUGAGCCCGAUGAGCUGCUCAUGUACGCAGGGGCCACCAAGGACUGGAUGUUCACCACCAAGAGGGUCAACAUAAUGAGUAAAAAUGGGACUGUAAGAGGGGUCAAGCACAAAGUCAGCGCAGGUCAGACGCUGUUUGAAAACCUCCCCAAUUCCAACAGUAUGGAGCUAGCUCUUGAAUUUGGGCGGAUAGUGAUCUACACUACAAGUUUCCGUGUGGUGAGGACGACCUUUGAGCGCUGCGAGCUGGUCCGCAAGAUCUUCCAGAACCACAGGGUGAAGUUUGUGGAGAAGAACAUCGCCCUGGACUGUGAGUACGGGAAGGAUCUGGAGGAGCGGUGCAAACGUGUGGGAGAACCUCCUUCAUUACCAGUUGUGUUCAUUGAUGGACACUACCUUGGGGGUGCUGAGAAGAUACUCGGCAUGAACGAAUCAGGAGAGCUUCAAGAUCUUCUGACAAAAAUUGAGAGGGUACAGCAUCCCCAGACGUGCCAGACCUGCGGGGGCUUUGCCUUCAUCCCGUGCCCAAUGUGCCAUGGCAGCAAGAUGUCUGUGUUUCGCAACCUCUUCACAGAUUCCUUCAAAGCCCUCAAGUGCACUUCCUGCAACGAGAACGGCCUGCAGCCCUGCGUGAGCUGCAGCAAGUGAGGAUGUUAAGUGCCUGACCCAACAUCCCUACUUCCUUCUCUGGGACCUUACACAGGACCUUCAACUGGACUGCAACACAGGCAGUGAAAUGAGACAGGACUCUUCUUCCAUGGCCAUUGUUAGUAAAGAUAAGAUUAAUUUGUAAUAAAAUCUGUGAAUUUGUG